AUGGUCAGCCAGCUGGACAUCACAGAAGAAGAUCUCAGGGAGGCGCCAGCUGACCCAAUCCCGCCCGCCUCCCCUGAUGCCCCCGCCGGUCCUGCCGCCUCCCCCGAUGCCCCCGCCGGUCCUGCUGCCUCCUGUGAUGCCCCUGCCGGUCCUGCUGCCUCCCGUGAUGCCCCUGCCGGUCCUGCUGCCACCUCCUCUGCUGCACCGGCACCCGCAAAAGGACGCUCCAUCCUCUCAUGCCCCGGGUGUCGGGCAAGGGAAGAGGCAAUCCGGCGCCUCCGCCAUAACAACAUUCUGCUUCGGGCCAAAAUCAAGCUCCUUAUGGGGAAAAAAGAAAAAAAGAGGGUGAAGUUUCAGAAGAGGAGGGAAGCUGCCACUGAAGAUGACAGUGGAGAGCCUGGAUAUGAAAUACUCCUCUCAAAAUAUAAGGGACGCAUCACCACCGAGAAUGCCACAUGCAAAGAGCAGAGCAACACGCAGCAGCGCGUGCAGUCGGUGCGCCAGUUCCUUAUUAACAGUGCGGUGGGCGACGUGCCACAUGCUGACCUGUUAUAUCUGCGCGACCACAGCAGGAUCCGGGAAGCUGUGAGAACAUGGGUUGCAUCCGGCCUGAAGCCCACCACGGUCAAAAAGAAAAUUAUUGAUACCAAGGAUUUUCUUAAGUGGGUGGGAAUGGCGUGGCCGGGGGGUGUCCGGCUCUCACAGAGAUCCAUAGAGGGUCUCAAAGAUGAGCUCUCUAGAGAGCUACGAAAUCUGAGGGGCAGCGUGACGUCGCACGUGGUGUCUGUCAGGCGCAACAAAUCCGGUAAGGUCAUUACUGUGUCAGGGCCCAAUCUAUAG